CUUGAAUUUUCCUUUGGAAAGCCGUUAUGCGUGGAUCCAAUGGGUCGUUGGAACGCAAGACUGGCCAUUAAUAAAUGCUACUUUUAUUGCAUUUCUUCCUGAUAAUCUUUCUAUCUCAUUUACAUAUCUUCUUCUUCGUUUGUGCCCUUUCUUAUACCCAACAAUGUUGAUCACAUGGACUGCUAUAUAAAACGAUUCACCAUGUGUUUUCUUCGAUUUUGAUUUUCUUUUUUUCCUUUCUUUUUUUGUGUUUUUGGGUUUUUGGGUUUUGAAGAUCAAAGAUUUAAGGGUUUGUUCCUUUCUGUCACAUUCGUUUCUCCUAGUUUUGUGGAAUUCUCGGAGAACCUGAGUAGUGGAGAUUUGUGGUGAUCUGAAAGAAGAUCAGAGAUGGGUAUAGUGAGUACAAUAAUGGGUUUUUUUGGAUUUGGUAUGGGAAUUUCAAUUGGGCUGGUGAUUGGGUAUUAUCUCUUCAUCUACUUCCAACCAACUGAUGUCCCGGAUCCUGUUAUUCGUCCAUUGGUUGAGCAAGACUCUCAAACUUUGCAGCGGUUGCUUCCAGAGAUACCUCUCUGGGUGAAAAAUCCAGACUAUGACCGUGUUGAUUGGCUUAACAAAUUCAUUGAAACAAUGUGGCCUUAUUUGGACAAGGCAAUCUGCAAGACUGUGAAAAAUAUAGCAGGGCCCAUUAUUGCCGAGCAAAUUCCAAAAUACAAAAUUGAUUCUGUUGAAUUCGAAGCACUGAGCCUGGGCUCCCUACCUCCUACUUUUCAAGGAAUGAAAGUGUAUCUCACUGAGGAGAAAGAGUUGAUAAUGGAAACAUCCAUGAAGUGGGCAGGAAAUCCUAACAUCACCGUUGUAGCUAAGGCAUUUGGGUUGAGAGCCAGUGUUCAGGUGGUUGAUUUGCAAGUAUUUGCCUGUCCACGUAUCACCUUGAAGCCAUUGGUCCCAACUUUUCCUUGUUUUGCCAAAAUCUUAGUAUCUCUCAUGGAGAAGCCUCAUGUUGACUUUGGUUUGAAACUGCUAGGAGCAGAUGCUAUGUCCAUUCCCGGCCUUUAUAGGUUUGUCCAGGAGCUUAUCAAAGAUCAGGUUGCUAAUAUGUAUCUAUGGCCCAAAACCCUUGAGGUACCAAUUAUGGAUCCUGCAAAAGCCAUGAAGAGACCUGUUGGUAUCCUCAGUGUGAAGGUUGUGAGAGCAAUGAAGCUUAAAAAGAAAGACCUUUUGGGUGCAUCAGACCCUUAUGUAAAACUGAAACUUACUGAGGACAAACUUCCAUCGAAGAAAACGACUGUGAAGCAAAAAAACUUGAACCCUGAAUGGAAUGAAGAAUUUAAUUUGGUUGUGAAAGAUCCAGAAUCUCAAGCUUUAGAGAUCAAUGUUUUUGACUGGGAACAGGUCGGCAAGCAUGACAAGAUGGGCCUAAAUGUAGUACCAUUGAAACAACUUACACCCGAAGAGCUAAAAGUAAUGACUCUUGAUCUGCUGAAAAACAUGGACCCAAAUGAUGCUCAAAAUGAGAAGUCACGUGGGCAGAUUGUUCUUGAAUUGAUGUACAAACCUUUUACGGAUGAAGAGAUGCCAAAGGAAACUGAAGAUUCAGAUACAGUAGAAAAAGCUCCUGAAGGAACUCCUGAUGGUGGUGGUUUGCUUGCAGUAAUUGUCCAUGAAGCUCAAGAUCUGGAGGGGAAGCACCACACAAAUCCCCAAGUGCGUUUACUUUUUAGAGGAGAGGAGAGAAGAACCAAGCCUGUGAAGAAAAACAGAGAUCCCAGAUGGCAAGAAGAGUUUCAGUUCACACUAGAUGAACCACCGACUAAUGACAGAAUUCAUGUGGAAGUAGUUAGCACCUCUUCAAGGAUGGGUCUACUGCAUCCCAAGGUCUCGAUUUAUUGUUUUGGAGAAUUCCUUGAUGGACUUCAAACUUGUGCAUCCUUUAAAAGUUCUUUGCAAUUCACCAAACAUUCAUCAUCUUCUCAUCUUCUAAAGGGCCGUUUUAGGAAGCUCUUCUUAUGAAGCACUUUUUGGAAAUGGGCUUUCUAGAAACUAUUUCUUAUGAAGCAUGUCUUUGGGGAAAAUCCAUUUCCAAGAAGUGCUUCAUAAGAAGACCUUGAAAAGGCCUUUUAAAUAUGAUAAAUGUUUGGUGAAUGAUUCUGCCAAAGUGCUUCCACUCACAGUAGCUUCGGCUAAAUUGACUUCCUAGAGAAGUACACCUACAGGAAGUCAGUUUGUUUACUUUCACCAAACACAACAAUCUAAUGUCAGAGGAAUUCUCAGCCGACAAGCCCAUUUGGGAAGCAAUGCCAGUCUUUUGUGGCUUUCACAUGUUCAAAAGUAAAUUU